GGUUCAAGUCCAACGUCACAUUCAAGUGAGCCAGACAGGCUGCACAAUCGAAGACAGAGCACUCGCUCCUGUGCUGAUUUGGGCAGAAGAACAAACUCCAGCAUGUUUUUAUGAUAUUUUAUCUAUUUUAAAUUGGGCGGACGGAUUACUUUUGGGCGUAUUGCAAACAUGAGAACAAAAUAGCCUCAGGAUUUUCUACAACAAGCGGCGGGGAAAGUCAGAAAAAGGAAGCUAGUAGUUCAGUAGCUUGCUAGCAGUCUGUGGCUAACGUGAAGCUAUAACAAACUACUCUUCAGGACAUGGAUUGCAGCUCACCAUGCUCCGCCUGACUUGAGUAGUCUCCCUGAUCGGCUGUUGGGACCGGAUAAUGAAGCGAGUCAUCUGGAUGAUUUCUGGUUUAAACAGAAGGAUGAUGAAGCUGCUCGUUGCCCUCGCUUUGAUCGCCUACAUUGCCUCUGUUUGGGGAACAUAUACAAAUAUGAGAUCAAUACAGGAACAAGGAGACUUAAAGAUCGAGCAGAUCGUCGAGGAGGCUGUGGCCCCUCUGAAAGAAAAGAUUCAUGACCUGGAGCAAAGUGUCUCGCAGAAAUACCCACCCGUGAAGUUUCUGUCUGAGAAAGAUCGAAAAAGGAUUUUGAUCACCGGAGGAGCCGGUUUUGUUGGCUCCCAUUUGACUGACAAACUGAUGAUGGACGGCCAUGAGGUGACUGUGGUGGACAACUUCUUCACCGGGAGAAAACGAAACGUGGAGCACUGGAUUGGCCAUGAAAACUUUGAGCUGAUCAAUCAUGAUGUUGUUGAGCCGCUUUACAUUGAAGUUGACCAGAUUUAUCACCUGGCAUCUCCAGCCUCUCCUCCAAAUUACAUGUACAAUCCCAUCAAAACGCUGAAGACCAACACAAUUGGAACUCUUAACAUGCUCGGCCUAGCCAAACGUGUCGGUGCAAGACUUCUGCUGGCUUCCACUUCUGAGAUCUAUGGAGAUCCGGAGGUGCACCCCCAGAGUGAAGACUACUGGGGGCACGUGAACCCGAUCGGCCCCCGUGCCUGCUAUGACGAGGGAAAACGUGUCGCCGAGACGAUGUGUUAUGCCUAUAUGAAACAGGAAGGAGUGGAGGUGAGAGUGGCACGGAUCUUCAACACCUUUGGCUCCAGAAUGCACAUGAACGAUGGGCGAGUGGUCAGUAAUUUCAUCCUUCAGGCUCUGCAAGGAGAACCCCUCACUGUGUAUGGAACUGGUUCUCAAACACGAGCCUUCCAGUAUGUGAGUGACCUGGUGAACGGCCUGGUGUUGUUGAUGAACAGUAACAUCAGCAGUCCUGUCAACCUGGGGAACCCGGAGGAGCAUACCAUUCUGGAGUUUGCACGUCUCAUUAAAAGUCUGGUCGUGAGCCACAGCCAAAUCCAGUUCCUCGCAGAAGCCCAGGACGACCCACAGAGGAGAAGGCCGGACAUCCGAAAAGCCAAAAUGUUGCUGGGCUGGGAGCCAGUGGUUCCCCUGGAGGAAGGCUUGAACAAAACCAUCCAGUACUUCAGUCGAGAGCUGGAGCACCAGGCCAACAAUCAGUACAUCCCCAAACCCAAAGCCGCCCGCAUGAAGAAAGGAAGACCCAGACACAACUGAAGCCGCGCCUUCAUCUGAACCUCUCUUAAAACUUGAAGGGCAUCUCUUUCGUGCCCCCUAAUGAGUCGUUGCCCCCUCAGGAACUGUCUUUUCGAGAAAAAGUGGCGGAGUCCUGAAAGCUUCUGCUGCCUUGCGUUGGAGCUGCGGGCGCUCAUGGGGUGAAUUUUUGCUCAUACCGGCGCCGCGUCGAAGCCUUAAUGACAAGAGGCUACGACUUUGAGCGUUUCCAAUCCAGCCUACGUUUUUGUGAUUUUUUGUGCUUUUAUUAUUUAAUACCCAUUCAGUCUGCUGAUUGUGACUGUGCAGCCGGGAUUCAGGUUUAUCUUCCCUGUUUGUUCUUUCUGUGGAAAGUCCGGAUGAUUUUUUUUUUAUUUUGAACUGGAUUUUUGUGAACGCUGCACUUCAGGACCGGACAGUUCCUCCACAGACUGUUACGACACCACCGCGUGUUUCUCAAGCCAUCGUUGUGUUUGUGAAGUUUCAUCAGAGAUUUUGAUGUGAAAAGCCUAUUUUAAUAAAAUAUUUCCAGUA